AUGACGACUCCCAUCCCCGGGCCCCCAGGCGUCCCUCUCCUUGGUAAUAUAUUCGACAUCAACCCGAAAGACACAUGGGGUUCAUUAAAAUCUCUCGCGGACAAAUACGGAGAAAUUUACAAGGUAAAUGCCCUCGGCCACCAAAUUGUUUUCAUUGGUAGCGCCGCUCUUCUCGAAGAAAUAUGUGACGAAACACGAUUCCGCAAAUGCGUCACGGGCCCCGUCGUUGAGAUCCGUCGAGCAGUGCAUGACUCCCUAUUCACCGCCUAUCAUCACGAAAAGAGCUGGGACGUAGCACACCGGAUCAUGGCUCCUCUAGUAAGCCCGUCCGCUGCGGAAGCUAUGUUUACCCAAAUGGUUGAAUGCGCCGCGACUCUCGUUUCGAGAUGGACCUCAGAUCCAGGCCAACGAAUCGAUGUGACAAGUGACUUGCAACGUUCAGACCUUCAAUCGGUACUAGCCUGCUAUUUCAAUCAGGCUGCCAAUUAUUUCGGAGGUCCAGAACCAUCCAUGAUUGCGGCAAUGCAAAAUUCUACCCUCGAGGCUAUGAAACGGCCUAACAGGCCCAAACUUCUCACACGUCUUUUGUAUCAACGCAAAUUCGAUAAGGAUAUCAAAACCAUGCGCUCCUUUGCAGCGGAAAUCAUCGCAAACCGCAAGUCUGAAUCGGCUCCGAAAAGCGAUAUGCUCCAUGCGCUCCUAAACAACCCAGACCCAGAAACGGGCGAGGUGUUAGGGGAAGAAAGAGUGAUCGAUGAAAUCAUCACAAUUUUCAUAGGUUCCGCUACAGCUCCCUGUCUGGUCUCUUUCGCUGUGUACUACCUGCUCCAAAACCCCGAGGAAAUAGUCAAAGCCCGGGACGAGAUCGAUUCUAUUCUCGGGGCAAACGGCGAAAUUACCUCGUCCAAUUUAUCCAGCUUUGCAUACUGCGAAGCAAUCCUUCGGGAGGCAUUUCGUUUAUCUGCCGUAGCCCCAGCUUUCAAUAUCGAACCCAUUCCGUCCGAUGAACCAGACGAAGUCCAACUUGCUGGAGGCAAGUAUCAGAUCUCACGAAAACAACCUAUGAUCGCCGUUCUAUCAGCUGUGAAUCGUGAUCCUGCUGUGUUUGACGAACCAGAAGCUUUCAAACCAGAGCGAAUGCUCGGAGAAGCCUACGACAAGCUUCCAUCCGGAGUGAAAAAGGGAUUCGGCAACGGGAAGCGUCGAUGCUUUGGGAAGGUUCCUGCGUGGCAGUGGUGUCUAAUUACGUUGAUUAGCAUUCUGCGCAAGGUUGAUUUGACGCUUGCGAACAAGGAUUACAAAUUGGCUUCAAAUGGAGCGUUCUGUGUACGCCCUCUUGAGUUCUUUGCCUUGGCUGGGCCUAGGGAGCGCUAG